AUGUCCUAUUCAAAUUAUAAUUUCAAUUCCGCCGAAAACAGUGCUCAAGGGAGAGGUUCAAGGGGCCAAAAUCACAGUGUAGACGUUACAAACUCCAAUCUGGAACCCACCGCUCAGGAGUUCUAUCCCUCGACAAGCAAUGGGGCUGUUAGAAAAACCCCCCAGGCUAAUUCCAGGAGAAACAACCAACGUCACGGAAGUGGCCGGAUAUUCAGUGCUAGGAGCGAUCAUCCAAACAGAAUUUACGAUAGAAACAAUGAUGAACGCCAAAAGGCCUUGGAAGAUGCUAAGAAAUUCUUGCAGAGUACAAAUCAGACGCCGGACAAUAAACCCAAUGAAGAGGUGCCAGAGCAAAGCAAAAAUCAUCAACGAAAUGAUGGAUACAGCCGGAGAAAUAAUUAUUCCAGAAAUGAUAAUAAAUUUUACAAUAGGAGUUAUGAUAAUAAUUACUAUGAUAAUAAGGGUGGCUAUAAUAAGUAUGGUAGGAAUUACUAUGAUAAUAAAGGUGAUAAUAAUAGGGAUGAUAGGUAUAAUCCAAGGGGUUCAAAUAAAACCUACGAUAGGAGAUAUGAAAACAGAUAUCAGGGCAAAAAUAAUUUCAGGCAGAGUAAAAAUGGGCAUUAUAAUGAUAGGCAAAGCAGGGAACAUAUGGAAACAAAAUUAAAUAAAAAAUUGGAUGCGGCUUCGCAGAGGGAACGUUUGGAGCAAAUGAUAGACCGCAAAAUGCUGGAAUGCCUGGUGUGUUGCGAGUUGAUAAAAAACAGCGACAAAACGUGGUCGUGCGUGCAAUGCUACCACAUCCUGCAUCUGUCGUGCGUCAACGAGUGGGCCAAGUCGUCGAAGGUGGAGAACCACUGGAGGUGCCCGGCGUGCCAGAAUAAGUACGAGGCGCUGCCGAAGAGCUACAGGUGCUACUGCGGCAAAUCGGCGGAUCCCAGGCCGGAGCCGGGCAUCGUUCCGCACGGUUGCGGGGAUGUUUGCUUGAGGAAAGGCAGGACUUGCCAGCAUUCUUGCACCAUUUUGUGCCAUCCUGGGCCCUGCCCGGAUUGCAACGUCAUGGUGGCCAAACCAUGUGGAUGCGGUAAAACCGAGCCGCUGGUGAAAUGCAGCACCGACGUGGAAAUAAUCUGCGAGGCCGAGUGCGCCAAGCCGCUCGAGUGCGGCCUGCACCGCUGCGCCUCGAAGUGCCACUCGGGGCCGUGCGCCGCAUGCGGCCAGCACAUCCGCCAGGAGUGCCACUGCGGCAAGCUGGGCCGCAAGGUGGCGUGCACGGCGCUGCAAGGCGGCGCCACCGCCUUCGCGUGCGACGACGUCUGCCUGAAGCUGCUGCCGUGCGGGAAUCACCGGUGCCAGAGGAAGUGCCACGAGGGCGCGUGCGACGCGUGCGCCAGCGACUUGAGCGUCGCCUCUUGCCCUUGCGGCAGGACGGCACUGGAGCCGAGGAGCUCCUGUUUGGAUCCCAUACCGUGCUGCGAUAAGGUUUGCGGUAAAAAGUUGCAUUGCGGUCAGCCCAGCGCUCCGCACCAUUGCAAAUCAUUGUGCCACGAGGGCGAAUGCCCGCCCUGCGAGCUCACCACCAUGGUCAGAUGCCGCUGCGGCCACAUGGACAAGGAGAUGGCAUGCAGAAAGUUAACCACAAAAGCGGACGAUGCCAGAUGCGAAAAAAAAUGCACCAAAAAGCGGCAGUGCGGGAAGCACCGCUGCAACCAGCGCUGCUGCAUCGAGUACGAGCACGUGUGCCCGCUGCCGUGCAACCACCAGCUCAGCUGCGGGCAGCACCGGUGCGAGCGCACGUGCCACAGCGGGCGGUGCCUGCCCUGCCUCGAGACCUCGUUCGACGAGCUGCACUGCGAGUGCGGCGCCAGCGUGAUCUACCCGCCGGUGCCGUGCGGCACGAAGCCGCCCUUCUGCGAGAAGGCGUGCUCGCGCCGGAGCGCCUGCGGCCACCCGAUGACGCACCAGUGCCACGUGGGGCCGUGCCCGCCCUGCGCGGUGCUGGUCAAGAGGUGGUGCCACGGGAAGCACGAACAGAGAGCUACGAUUCCCUGCCAUCAGAACGAUUUCAGUUGCGGCUUGCCGUGCGGAAAGGCGUUGCCUUGCAAGCGGCACAAAUGCACCGUGCCGUGCCACCCGGGCGCGUGCCCGCUGCCUUGCAAGCGGCCCUGCACCGCCCCGCGCCCCUCGUGCGGCCACGCCUGCGGCAAGCCCUGUCACGAGCCGCCGUGUCCGGAAUCGGUUUGUCGUCAGUUGGUACCGGUGACUUGCCAGUGCGGGCUCCAGAAGACGCAACGUUCGUGCCUCGAUCUGGCGGACGAGUACAGGAAUUUGGAGAUCGCCAAGAUUAGGGACAAAAUGAGCGAUCUGGCCAAAGAUCAGCCCGUCGAUAUUUCGGAUAUCGUUUCUAAUGUUAGGAGACCAAGUAUUCUUAAAAUCCUCGAAUGCAACGAAGAAUGUCGCGUGCUGGAGCGCAACCGCAGACUGGCGAUCGGGCUGCAAAUCCGCAACCCGGACCUGAGCCAGAAGCUGACGCCGCGCUACUCGGACUUCAUGAAGCAGUGGGCGAAGAAGGACCCGCUCUUCUGCCAGCGCGUGCACGACAAACUGUCGGACCUGGUGCAGCUCGCGAAGCAGAGCAAGCAGAAGAGCAGGGCGCACUCGUUCGAGUGCAUGAACAGGGACAAGCGGCACCUGAUCCACGAGUACUGCGAGCACUUCGGCGUGGAGAGCUGCGCCUACGACACGGAGCCGAACCGCAACAUCGUGGCCACGGCGGUGAGGGACAAGUCGUGGCUGCCCAGCGUGAGCCUGCUGGAGUUCGUGCAGAGGGAGAACGGGCACAGGAGGGUGCCGGGGCCGAUGCUGAACAAGAGUCUGCUCGGGAAGUCGGAGUCGGUUUCGUUGAGGUUGCCGGGGAGGGCGCAGAGGGCGCCCAGUCCCCCCCCGGCAGGGGGUAUCGACUAUUUCGAUAACCCGAACGCGUUGUAG